UUUUUAUCUGACAGGUGUAAAAAAAUCUUGAAAAUUGGAUUAUUUUUACCGUUUCCGAUCCGAAAUCGGAAAUUGUUUGGGGUAGCGUUUGGGUAAAAGCGAUAGAGGGAAUACUACAUAGAAAGUAGAUACCCACUAUAAGCAUCCAAAAUGGGUAACUUUCUCGCUACCCAUUAUACCCGUGAUAUAGGGCUGCAGAUGGAUGAUAAACCAACUUUUGGUGCACAAGAUGGAUUUUCGUUCAAUCGCCAAGAGCGAGAAAUGAUUGCCAAGGAGGAGGAUCUUAUAUCUGCUAGAAUACCACCUAAAUUUAGAGACUACUGCGCCCAUCAUCUUCUUGAUUAUCAAGUAUGCCGUUACAAGAACAUGCCUUUGUUAUAUCGGUGUGCACAUGAGAGACAUACUUAUUUGAAUUGUGAACACCAAGACUAUGUGCUACGUAUGAAAGAAUUUGAGAGGGAGCGUCGUCUGAGAAUCCGUGAACAGCGUUUAGUUGGAGUUGCAUAAAUAUUGAACAUUGUAAAAAUUAUUAAAUAGAUUGUUUUAAUAGAACCUAUUAUUA